UAAGAGCCUUCCUAACCUCCCGCACGCAACCUUGCACUGUUUUCGCUGCUUGCUGCUUUGGAGCCUUGACAUGAAGAUUCCGGCUCUGCCGUUCAGAGGCUGAUUUGUUUCAUUUUGGCAAUGCGAUUCGUUUGUACGGCAGUGUGCUAGUGUCCAGCCCUAGAGAAAUCUUGCAAUUGGAAAUUGAAUCAACAUUACAUGUUGACACAUUUGAUUUGAUGACGCUGCCUCAAAUGCAACCAAUGGCUUAUCAGGGAGGAGUUGAACCCAUGCAGGUGGACGCACCUCCAGAAGACAAUGACAAUUCCAACGAAGAGGAAUUUUACAUUGUCAGAAACCCCACUUUGGAUCUGGAAACUUAUGCAAAUAGUUACAAAAGUUUAGCUAGGCUACAUCGUUUGAUGUUUAUUGCGACUCAUUGCCCUUCCAUGAGAGUAGAAGCCCUCAAGAUGGCCAUUCAGUAUGUCAUGGGCACGUACAAUGUCACCCUGUAUCAGCAAUUACAUAAGAAACUUCAGGAAUCAAUUGGCUCAAAUGCUACCACAAACCUGCCUGAUGUGGCUGGAGGGGGUGCUCAAUCAACAUCACAAGACAUUCCUGCUUUUGACAUUCAUUGGGUGGAGUCCAAAUCUAAAAAAGCUGCAUUAAAAUUGGAGAAGUUGGAUACUGACCUUAAAAAUUACAAAAGUAAUUCCAUCAAAGAAAGCAUACGGAGAGGUCAUGAUGAUUUAGGUGAUCACUAUUUGGACUGUGGUGAUCUGUCUAAUGCUUUGAAAUGCUAUUCUCGAGCUCGUGACUACUGUACCUCAGGCAAACACGUUGUCAAUAUGUGCUUGAAUGUUAUUAAGGUCAGUGUCUAUCUGAAGAACUGGUCUCAUGUUCUUAGUUUCAUCAACAAAGCAGAGGCAACCCCUGAUUUCUCAGAGGUUCAUGGUAAAGACAGUAGCAAUCAAACAAUAAUGACACGACUGAAGUGUGCUGCUGGACUAGCACACCUUGCCACCAAGAUGUACAAAGCGGCAGCCAAGCAAUUCUUGCAAGCAAACCUUGAUCACUGUGAUUUUCCUGAACUCUUAUCUCCCAAUAAUGUAGCUAUGUAUGGAGGGCUCUGUGCUCUUGCUACAUAUGAUCGAAAUGAACUUAAGAAAAAUGUUAUCUUCAGCAGUUCAUUUAAGCUGUUCCUGGAGUUAGAGCCCCAGUUGCGUGACAUCAUUUUCAAAUUCUAUGAAUCCAAAUAUGCCUCAUGUCUUAAACUUCUAGAUGAAAUCAAGGAGAAUCUUUUGCUGGACAUGUAUAUAGCUCCUCAUGUCAACACACUGUACUCUCAAAUUCGUAAUAGAGCAUUAAUCCAAUAUUUUAGCCCGUAUCUUUCAGCUGAUAUGCGUAAGAUGGCAAGUGCAUUAAAUACAUCUGUACAUGCUUUAGAAGAUGAAUUGAUGCAACUUAUUUUGGAUGGACAAAUUCAAGCUAGGAUUGAUUCCCACAAUAAGAUUUUGUAUGCCAAGGAUGCAGAUCAAAGAAGCACUACUUUUGAGAGGUCAAUCAUGAUGGGCCAGGAAUAUCAACGCCGCACAAGAAUGCUCAUCCUUCGUUCAGCAAUGCUAAAGAAUCACAUUCAUGUUAAGAGCCUACAACGGGACAGCGGACAGGGCGAGGAGACCUCAGUAACUCCGGGGAACAGCAGUAGUGGUGGGGUCGAUGUUGUUUGAUUAAUCAUUUGCAGAGCUAAGUAGAUUGGUGUUUCAUUCGUUUUGUUUAUUUAUACUCAAGCUGUCCAAUCUAAGUGACACACUCCUCCCAUCCUUGCCUGUGUUUUUUUCUUUCUUUAUUAUUGUGAUUUUGUUGUGUUCUCCUAUUCUGAAAGGCUUUGAGAGUGGUCACAUAUACAUAAUAAUAAAAGUGCUGAGUCUUUUCCUUGUUCAAUGUACAUACUAUAGUUCUUGAUGUAAUUUUAAUUGUAUCACAAUUUAAAUGUUGACAUAGUUGUUAUGCUUUGUAUUUCGUCAAAUUAUUUACUCAUGGUGGAGAUCUGAACAAUUUCCCGAAAGAAGUAAUGUUGGAUGUGACACCGUACCGAAUUAAUAUUCAAUUAAUAAAAUCUCCUCUUAAAAGGACUUUGUGA